CUUCGCGCCGUUAAAGCUGCUCCAUGGGCUCUCGGGCACCAGCAGCGUCCCGGCGCCAUGACCCAGGCCCCAGCUUUGGCCAGGUGGCUCCUGAGGUGAUUGAGGACACGCUGAUCCAUUUGGCCACGGAGAACGAGCAGCGCCUGAGCGAGCUGCCGGGCCAGGCUGGGUGCUUCAAGCAGAGACAGAUCGUGGAAUUUAUAUUCCUUUUGUCUGAAAAAUGGCACUUGGACCCAUCAGCAAGGUACCGAGCAGUGGAGUUAUUUGAAAGGUUUAUGAUCAAGCAAGCAGACCAAAUCUGUAAGGCCUCCAGGGAGAAGGUGAAACAGUGUGAACAAGGAGGAGGCAGCUGGAGCUCCUGGAAGGAUCAGAUGUACAAGGCGUUCGUCCUGCGGCUCGUGUCGUGUGUCCAGCUCGCCAGCAAACUGUCCUUGCACUAUAACAUAGUUAACAGUGACACAGCUUUAAAAUUUCUGCAGUCCUUAAAAUACUCCUGCACGAAGCAGGAAUUGCUUGAGUCAGAGCUCGCUGUUUUAAAAACUCUGCACUUCCAGAUCAACCUGUCAACUCCUCUGGCUUAUGUGGAAUUGCUUCUAGAGGUUUUAGGACACAAUGGCUGCCUACUGCCUGCCAGGCCACUGCACCAGAUGUGUGUGCAGAUCCUGGACUUCUCCUACCUGACACGGGACUCCAUCUAUGACACUUUGCUGAAGAUUGCCAUCGAAAAUUCAACACCCAACAAGCUGCAGGUAGCAAAGUUUCUGUCGGUAAAAGAAGAUUCUAUGCUCUUGGCUGUUGGAAUCAUCAGCACAAGCGUGUUCACCCUGGACCCCAGGCACUGGAGGCAGGUUGUGGAGCAUUUAACCUGUAUCACAGGCAUCACUUCACAGAGUAUCCUAGAACUGUCCUAUGCGGUGCUGGAGGAGGUGGUUGGCAGUGCCACACCAAAGCAGCACCAUGGCAACGGGGGCACACAAGCUCUCAGGAACACAAUUAUGACUCUUAAAUAGAACCAUCUUCAUGGCUCUUAACCCCAGCACACUGGUAACAGCUCAUCCUCUACACGUAAGUUGGUUUUCUUUCCGGAUUUGAACAGGUUCUGUCAUGGUUUGUGUCUUGAGUGUUCCUUGGGAAAGCUCAUCCCUUCAGGCAAUGAACUUGGUGCUGUGAAGGGAGUGGAGGAACAUUCAGAAAUACCUCUUUCAGCACCAAAAGCUGGGCCUUCUUUCUCCAGUUGCUGUUAACACUUUUCUACAGCCUGUUCAUGCACAGGGGUGCAGCAUGUCCAUGUACUCCUGUGCAAGAAAAGGCGCUCAACAGUAUCAAGCCAGCACAAGCAAGUGUUGACAUGACCUAAAAAAUACUUAAUAUUAAAACUGCAUAGUCUCUGCAAGUUCCUUCACCUUGUUCCCUGUGUUUGUAGCUUUUUGCUUCUCUAGCCCAGGUGUGAAGCUGUAACAAGAGUCCCAAACUCACUGGUGUUCUCAAGACUCAUUUAUACAUGUAUCUAAAAACCCCAAAAGUAUCAGUUUAGCUUCUAUUUAACACCUGAUUUUUUUUAUUUUUCUGUUCAGGUCCAUGAUAUAACUUUACAUAUUGCUUUUCUAUAGACUACUUGUAAUAAUGGUAUUUUAAAUAAAGUGUCUUGUGGAUUUUUGGUAUUGUAAA